AUGUAUAUCCCACUUCAAGCCCGCCGCGUGCCAGACCUCCUGGCCCGUGAUGCGGGCAUCUCGCAACUGUUCCGGCGGAAGCUCUUAAAGCGCAGACAGGUCUCCCUCUCGGCGAACAACGACAACACGAACAGGACAGUGGGCAUUGUGCUGGGCGUGCUCCUCGGAGUUUUCGUCAUCGGCGUCUGCAUCUUCCUCUACGUCUAUCGAGACGCCCUGCGGAAAGCUCGCCAUCGCCGCCGCCGUCGCCGCCGUCACCAUCGGCGACCAGGCUCCAAAAGCUCCAAGUCAUCAUCCGAAGGCGCGCCGCCGCCGUCUCCUCCUGCACCUCCUGCCGAUGCUGCUCCUGCUCCUGCUGCCGCGUGA